AUGGCUUCUCAAGUCUCCAUCUUUGAGACUCUUCCACCGGAAUUGGUGGAAAUGAUCUUCCAGUACUUACGAGAAUCGCCAUAUUCCCUUUCCAGCCUUACAUUGGCGCGUCGAAAAUUCUAUGUUCUCGGAGCCCCAACACUUUACUCUUUAAUUCGUUUGAUGAACCCAGCCAGCUCUGAGAAGCUUGAAAGAACCUUUCACGAAAACUCUUGGCUAUCUUCUUUGGGCCUUGAGCUACAGGUACACUUGAAUGACUCCCGAGAAGGUCAAACCCACGAGCCUCUCUUGGGUGCCAUCGUCAAGAUGCAGAACCUGGAAAGCCUGAUCAUGCGCAGCGUGCCUCUCAGAGGUAUCUUGGAUUCCACGAAUCAUAGGUUAAUCUCGAACCUUAUGGGGGACAGGAACAACUUGGAGGUUGAGCGCCCUACUCAAUACGCUGGACAAAAACUAAGGUCAUUGUAUCUAGGCAUAUCUUUCAGAGGUCUUUCUCAAGAUGCGUGGGUACUCGGUCCCAACGAGGUCGUUUUCCGCAUGGAGCAUCUCGAGACGCUCCAUAACCAAGCUCUAAAAGACCUUGCCUUUCUCAACUACGAUGUUUCCCCGGGUAUACUUGAAAUGAUCCUCGCCUUUCCUGAGGGUCUUACUCACUUCACGAUGAAAGAACCAUGGCCGCACCCUAGCGGGGCGUCUGAUAGCUGGGAAUUCGAUACCAUUAUCCAUCCACGCAAGUACAUCCAAAAGAUCAAAGAGAGUGGCUCGGCAAGUCUGGAGUAUCUUGAUCUCGACUUAUGGUAUGCAGGAAGCCAGCCGGGUUUCUACUGCUUGUGCUGUUUGAAAUACCUUAUUACCUCCACAAUUAUGCGUGAGCUUUUUCAAAUGGCAUGGGACGAAGAUGGUACACCUGAUCCUAUUCCACGCCUUCCCGAGAGUUUGGAGACUCUCGUGUUAAAUGAGUUUAACCCGGGGAGUAUCGCCUUCGAAGUUAGAUCGCUGGAAAGAUUGGGGGUGGAGGAUGAUAAAUGCCUGGUUUUGAUGCCUGGGUGCCUUAUCUGGGGUUGA